AUGAGCAUGAUGUCCACUCAAGCGUUGAGAAAGGCGUUGUUUGCUGGUGUGCUUCUACUCGGAGUCGCACUCGUAGGCAUCAACCAUUUGGGACAAAGGAGUUCGUCGCUUCUGGAUGUUGAUGCUCCUGGAGCAGUAGACACCAAGAACAACUGGCAGCAAUGGUAUAAUGCUGGAGCUGGGUUUGACCCCGCAGCAAAACCGGUCACUACAUGGCAGAUCAUUCGCUCGAACUACCCAAGAGAACCUUACUAUGAUCAAGAUGCCAAAGACUUAUACGAAAUACACCCUGAAUACUUCGAAACGGCGAAGCCAUUGAGGGACUAUCGAUACCAGCAGCGAGAAUGGAAUUAA